AUGACACCAAACACUCUUCUCAAGGCACUUGAGGCAUCGGAGUGGAUGUGUGAACAGAGGGUCUUUAAUGUUUUUUCCGAAGAUUAUGCAGCUCGCCUUCGUCUAGUUGAGACUGUUCUUGGUUUGGAAGAAGCCGACAAGUUCUUCAAAAGCAUCCCCGAGAACAUGAGGGAUUACUCUGUCUACAACACUCUCUUGGGAUCUUACACUAGAUCUGAGAAAACACUAGACAAAGCCGAGUCCACGUUUGAGACGAUGAGAGAUCUCGGUUUCCUCUUGAAACAUUCUCCGUACAACUCUGAUGAUUUCUCUCUACGAACAGCUCAAGAAACAAGAUAUGGUCGAGAAGCUUCAACGUGA